UUCAUCGUCGUCUUCAGCUCUCUUUCUCUCUGCCUCUGCCCGCAGCCCUUCAGCUCGCACAGUCACUUGCUCUUCGUCCAAUUAAGCUCAUCAAUCGAGCUCUUCUGAUGAACAUGAUGAUCUUCUUCUCAAGAUCACUUCUAUCUCUAGUACUUCUCAUUUGCGCAAUAUCCAAUUUCUUCCCAGUUUCUGUAUCUGCAGCCAGCCUCGCAGCCGAUGAAGUGGAAGUUCUGAAGCAAAUUGGCAAGACUUUGGGGAAGAAUUGGGAUUUCAGUGUGGAUCCAUGCAGUGGAGAGAAGGGCUGGGCCACCCAAAAUCCAGUUAAAGGGUUUGAGAAUGCAGUCACCUGUAAUUGCUCCUCCAACAACACUUGCCAUGUCAUUAGCAUAGUUCUCAAAGCCCAGAAUCUUAACGGGACUCUCCCAACAGAAUUGGUCAAUCUCCCUUACCUUCAAGAAAUUGAUCUUAGCCGCAACUACCUUAACGGUACUAUCCCUCCAGAAUGGGGCACCACGCAACUAAUAAACAUCUCUCUCAUUGUAAACCGGCUAACCGGUUCAAUCCCAAAGGAACUUGGAAACAUCAGCGCGCUUGCCAAUCUAACUGUGGAGUUCAAUCAGUUGUCAGGACUCAUUCCUCCAGAGAUUGGGAAUCUUUCUCGCUUAGAGAAAUUGCAUUUGAGUUCAAACAAUUUCACGGGAGAGCUGCCCGAAACACUCUCAAAGCUGACCAACUUGAAUGACAUUCGGCUUAGCGACAACCACUUCACUGGAAAGAUACCCAAUUUCAUCCAGAGCUGGACAAAUCUUCAAAAAAUAGUGAUGCAUGCUAGUGGCUUGGAAGGUCCAAUUCCUCUUGGCAUUGCUCUUUUGACAAAAAUGUCGGACUUGAGAAUCAGUGACUUAAAUGGAACCCAAGCCCCUUUCCCCCCCCUUAAUAAUAUGACAAGCCUGAAGUAUCUUAUAUUGCGGAAUUGCAAUCUUAAUGGAUCUUUACCUGAAUAUCUUGGGGGAGUGACAAGUUUGAAGACUUUAGACCUGAGCUUCAACAAGUUGAGUGGAGAAAUUCCAAACAGCUUUAGUAGUCUGGCAAAAACAGAUAACAUCUUCUUAACUGGGAACUUACUAAGUGGACCCGUGCCUGAUUGGAUCCUGAAAAAAUCAGAGAAUGUUGAUCUUUCAUUUAACAACUUUACCCCGGGCUCCCAAGGUUGUCAGGAGAGUGAAGUGAACUUGUUUGGCAGCUCUUUGAAUGGCAGCACUUCAAUUUCAUCCUGCUUGACAAGCAAUCAUUGCAGUAAAACUUGGUAUUCCUUCCGCAUAAACUGUGGUGGUGAAGAAGUAAAUGUUGGCAGUGGCCCCAAAUAUGAAGCUGAUACUACAACCCCGGCUACGAGUUUGAAGUUCGUUGAAAGUAAUAGUAACUGGGCAUUUAGUAGCACAGGUUACUUCAUGGAUGAUGAUCGCAAUUCAAAGUCCUUUAUUCAGAAAAAUACUUCAGUCCUUUCUGUGAAGGAUCCAGAAUUGUACAUGGAUGCACGACUUUCCCCCCUGUCUCUGGUCUAUUACGGGUUCUGCCUGAAGAAUGAAAACUACACAGUGAACCUUCAUUUUGCAGAAAUCAUGUUUACUGAUGACAAGACAUACAGCAGCCUUGGAAGGCGUGUAUUCGAUAUUUACAUUCAGGGAAAGUUGGUGGAAAAAGAUUUCAACAUUGUGGAUAAAGUGGGUGGGGCUGGUAGGAGUAUCACAAUGCCAUACCAUGCAACUGUGACCAAUGGCACACUGGAAAUCCGCUUUUAUUGGGCUGGACGAGGGACAACUGCUGUCCCUGUUAGAGGCGUAUAUGGUCCUCUCAUUUCAGCUAUAUCUGUGGAUCCUGAUUACAGCCCGCCAUCAGUAGGUGGAAAUGGCAUGUCCGCUGGUGCAGUGGUUGGGAUUGUGGCUGCUGUAGCUUUUGUUCUUAUCUUGCUUCUAGGUAUCCUUUGGUGGAGAGGCUGCCUAAGACGGAAAGAUAGAAUGGAUGAAGACCUGAAGGGUCUAGACUUGCAGACAGGUUCAUUCACCUUGAGGCAAAUUAAAGCUGCCACAAACAACUUUGAUGCUGCUAAUAAGAUUGGAGAAGGUGGAUUUGGAUCCGUUUAUAAGGGACUUCUAGUAGAUGGCACCAUAAUUGCUGUAAAACAGCUAUCUUCCAAAUCGAAGCAAGGGAACCGCGAAUUUGUUAAUGAAAUAGGGAUGGUUUCUGCUUUAGAACACCCUCAUCUUGUGAAGUUGUAUGGAUGUUGCAUUGCAGGCAGUCAAUUGUUGCUAGUAUAUGAGUACAUGGAAAAUAAUAGUCUUGCUCGUGCUUUGUUUGGCCCAGAAGAAUUUCAGUUGAAAUUGGACUGGCACACAAGGUACAAGAUAUGUAUUGGUAUAGCUCGAGGUUUGGCUUUUCUCCAUGAAGAAUCAAGACUUAAGAUAGUUCACAGAGACAUUAAGGCCACCAAUGUGCUGCUUGACAAGAAUCUUAACCCUAAGAUAUCUGAUUUUGGUUUGGCAAAACUUGACGAAGAGGAUAAUACCCAUAUAAGCACCAGAAUUGCAGGAACUUAUGGAUAUAUGGCACCAGAAUAUGCAAUGCAUGGUUACUUAACUGACAAAGCAGAUGUAUAUAGCUUUGGAAUUGUUGCACUGGAAAUAGUCAGUGGGAGAAGUAACACUAGUUUCAGGACGAAGGAGUCCUGUUCUAAUCUUCUUGAUAGGACACUUGAACUGAAGGCAGAGGGGAGACUGAUGGAGCUAGUAGAUCCAAAGUUGGGAUCAGCCUUCAACAGAGACGAGGCGAUGGUAAUGAUUAAUGUAGCUCUUCUGUGCACUAAUGCCACUGCAUCAGUUAGGCCUGCCAUGUCUUCAGUUGUAAGCAUGCUCGAAGGCAGGACAGUUGUUAAGGAACCCCUUUCAGAUGGAACCGAAUCCCAUGACCAAGUGAAGUUCAAGGGAAAGAUGGAUGAAUGGAAACACAUCCAGGAAACAAAGAUGACAGAAGAUAGCCAAAUCCAAAGUAUGUCAAUUGAUGGGCCAUGGACUGGUUCUUCUGCAUCUGCUGGCGAUCUCUACCCCAUCAGUUUGAAUUCUGAUUACUGGAAGAACAGAGAUUAGUAACAAGAAUCCCGUUCGUCGUCUUGGUAGGCUUUCAUUUUGAUCUUCUUUCAUGCAAUAUCCCCUCUUACUUGAACUGAUUGCAUGAAGUUGGAAAAAAGAAUUUGCAGCAGAAUGACAACGAUUUUGUUUCCUUCUGGUUUGCUUUCCCUGUAUGUUUGGAUGGUAAAUGUCAGCCUUUUCAUGUUCAUAUAGGUCCUUAGGGUGGUUUCUUCCACU